AUGGACAGCCUUCUGAUGAAUCGGAAGAAGUUUCUUUACCAUUUCAAAAAUGUUCGCUGGGCUAAGGGUCGGCAUGAGACCUACCUGUGUUAUGUGGUGAAGCGUCGGGAUAGUGCCACCUCCUUUUCACUGGACUUCGGCCACCUUCGCAACAAGUCAGGUUGCCACGUGGAAUUGCUCUUCCUCCGCUACAUCUCCGACUGGGACUUGGACCCUGGCCGGUGCUACCGAGUCACUUGGUUCACCUCCUGGAGCCCCUGUUACGACUGUGCCCGGCACGUGGCAGACUUUCUGAGAGGGAACCCCAACCUCAGUCUGAGAAUCUUCACCGCGCGCCUCUACUUCUGCGAGGACUGCAAGGCAGAGCCUGAGGGGCUGCGGAGGCUGCACCGUGCUGGGGUCCAAAUCGGCAUCAUGACCUUCAAAGAUUAUUUUUACUGCUGGAAUACUUUUGUAGAAAAUCGUGAAAGAACUUUCAAGGCCUGGGAAGGGCUGCAUGAGAAUUCAGUUCGGCUAUCCAGACAACUUCGUCGCAUCCUUUUGCCCCUAUAUGAGGUGGAUGACUUACGAGACGCCUUUCGAACUUUGGGACUUUGA